CCACCGCCAACAGCCGAAGCCUUCUUUUUCCUCUGACGCAUUUGCCUUGCUGCCCGCGGAUUUCCCCCACUGUUCAUCCACCUUGCGCGCUCAAGUCAACAGACCCCGGAUCCAUUGUGUCCGACCAGGAAUCCAUCAAAGAUUGGUCAUUAAUCGCCCUUAAACAUCUCAAACCAUUGUCCUCGCAUCCUGCCAUUGAAUGAAUGUCCGAUCUCAGGACAGCCUUUGCGCGUGAAGACCGAUAUCGCUCCACCGAUACGCUGGCUGCUGUUGGGUUCUCAAGAGACUCCCCAGAGUCAUGGCAUUCUUUUGAAGACACAAAUAUGGCGGCUACUUCUGGAACAGGAUCUCUCCCUGGCCCGGACGCCGGUGAAAUUGAAAGGAAGGACGAUGUCUCGCUCACCCAGCGGAUGGUUUCCGCCACCUCGGGCAGUAUCCUCACGAACCUGUUAGUGACCCCGCUCGAUGUUGUGCGCGUCCGUCUUCAGUCGCAGUCACCAAUCAAGAACACCUCUCCCUUCGCCUCCUAUGCUCUCCAACCGAUGAAGAACAUGCCUCCGAACCUGGGAGUAACUGCUUGUUGUCGGGAGGUAUUUUGGAUCGGACAGAACUCGCAAAUAUGUAUGGUUGGACCUAGCCCGGGGGCUAUCAGCGCUCAUUCAGCCGCCAUGGCGGAUUGCGCCGUGGAGGAAUCACGGCGCAAAACAUUCACCUCCACUCUGGACGGGUUGCGGAAGAUCGCUCGGAAUGAAGGAGUAUGGACACUUUGGCGUGGUCUGAGUCCGACCAUGAUGAUGAGUAUUCCAGCGAAUAUCAUCUAUUUUGCUGGAUACGACUGGUUGCGAUCGGACGGCCGAAGUCCCAUCAAGCGAUUCCUUCCGGACACCUACGUUGCAUUUGUUGCAGGGUCAACUGCUCGCAUCGCUGCGGCUUCUGUUAUCAGUCCAAUCGAAAUGUUCCGGACGCGGCUGCAGGCUACUCCCGGCACCGGCACAGACCAUUUCAAGACCACUCUCACGGAUUUACACCAGAUGACACAGGUCCACGGCUACAGUUCUCUUUGGCGAGGAUUGACACUAACCAUGUGGCGUGAUGUCCCUUUCUCGGGCCUGUAUUGGUGGGGAUAUGAGGAAGUGAAGAAACAUCUUAUGGAGGCUCGCCAAAAGUCACACGAGCAUCUUUCCUCGGGCGGAUCGACACUGAGUCGGUCUUCACCGCACGAUUCAGAGGGACCUACCUUUUUCGAGAGCUUCUUUGCGGGUGCUACCUCGGGAUCACUCGCAGCAUUUGUUACUACGCCAUUUGACGUGGGCAAAACGCGCCAGCAGGUUUUUCGGCACAUGGGCGACGAUGUACCUGCUUCCGCUGGAGGUGCUGCACAGAAGUCCUUGCGCCCGGAGCAACUUUCGUUACCCAAAUUCCUUUUACACAUCUUCCGGGAGGAAGGUACAUCUGGACUCUUCCGUGGCUGGGUCGCUCGGUGCCUGAAAGUGGCACCUGCCUGUGCCAUUAUGAUCUCGAUAUAUGAACUCGGGAAGAGAAUGGCACGGGGUGUCAACGAAAGACGGGACACCGAUGCAGAGCCCGGGUCUGCGUGAAUCUCCGGAGCUUCUCUAUAUCAUCUAUCCUAUAAGCCUACAUUCUCCGUUAAGGCCAGCGAUCACUCCGACCGCGUCUCGGAUCCGCAUCUAAGUUAAUUUCGACCACUCCUCCGCUCACAUCCGUUAUCUUACCUCCUAUUAUCCCCUGUCUUAAUUAUGGAUCCGGCUUCGUUGCUUUUUCCUUAUUUGCUAUACGCUUAAUCGCCAUGAUACCGCCUCGCAUUUCAGAUUAUAGAGCAUUAUCUCCAGGCCUGGUUGUGAAUAUGGUCUAGGGGACGGAGGCUAUUUUCUUUUUCUACCCCUUGCAAAAAGCCUUGCAUUUGCACGUUCUGUACAUAUAUGUAUUUUCUCAAUAGACGAACAUCUUCCCUCAGUCAUGUACUAUAGCUUGAAUAUCAAAUGCUUUGGCACUCCCUUCUAAAUGCUGACUACCUACGACGGAUUAUUGCAGCCAACGUGCAAAAUCAACUUUGUACUAUUGAAUUUUGCGGGUAAUAUCCUAACCUAUAGUGAAUUGAUAUAACGCUACUUUUACUACCUUCAAAUACUAAUUAGAUGUAAUUUCUCAUUGUUCUAUCUGCUCUCCAGGCUGUCUCUAAAGAAGGCCAC